CAGAUCAGUCGUGGUUCCAAAACUUAAGCAAAUAUUAUCAGUCUGAAAAUAAAUAAUUAAUAAACAAUCCAAUUUAAUUAAUUGCAGCAAUAAACAAUGUUUAAAAACACUUCUGUUCUAUUACUGCUCGUUGUUACAGUCAUUUCAGUUAAUCAUAUAACUGAAGUUGCUGCCUGUAAAUGUCCAGAAAAUGAAUUUUUUACGGAAUGUGGUGCCGAUUGUCAAACUACAUGCGCUACUUUGAAUCAACCAUGUGGGAUCGUUCAUAUAACAUGUCCAACAGGUUGUUAUUGUAAGAAGGGUUAUGCACGUGACGACAGUGGUAAAUGUAUACCAGUGGGGCGGUGUCCUAAAUAAGUUUGUUGCAAAAAAUAAAUAUUCUGAAUAAAUCUAAAAUUAAAGAAAACCAAUCAUU